CUUGUGUGGGAGAAUGCGCGAGCCGUAGUGGAGCUGUCGUCGCCGGGAGGAAUCAAGAUGCUUCGCGGCGGAGGCUGGUGGGUCGGAUUCGCGACCCGGUUGAAGCAGUUUAGGAUCCGACGUCUCUGCACUAAAGGAGAGAACGGCGGGAACAAACCGGAGAAGACUGAAUCGAGUGUUGUUGUUGUUUCUCGAUACGAUGAGACUUACAAGAAACUCGACAAGCUCGAUUUCGUGACGGCUGCGAAGAUCUUGUUCACUGAACAACCCAAGAAGAAUAAAUUUGGGCUUGAUUGGCAUGUGGUGCAGUUCAUUAUCGUCUGCUUGCCAUCUCUAGCUGUGUAUCUAGUUGCUCAAUAUGCUCGCCGUAAAAUGAAGAUCAUGGACGCUGAACUUGGGGAGAAGAAGAGAAAAGAAGAAGAAAAGAAAGAGAAAGAAGAAGCUGAAAAGAGGGCAUUAGAGGAAGCAGAAGCAACCAAGUCUCAGGAAGGGUUAAUGGAGAUGAAAAAGAGACUGGGAAAAAUCGAAGAGACGAUAAAAGGGAUUGUUCUGGAAGCAAAGAAACCUUCAGGGAAUGGUCCAACCAAAACACAAGACGAUCAAUCUACUAAACUCCCACCAAAAGAAGAGUCUAAACCGAGCAAGGAACACAAGGACAAUGUACAGAAACAAGGAGAGAAUCAAGCAAAUGCGGGUUCAGCCUAGACCUCAGUGAGAUGAUUAGAGAAAGGAAACUUAGGUGAUAGAUGAAGAAGGAUAUGUUUUGAUUUUGGAACCAAUGCAGUAGUUGUUGCUAUUGGCUUGUUUUGCUUUCAUUUCUUGACUCAGUUCAGGUUUAAUACAAGAUCACACAAGGAUUUAAAGAAAUAACGUUCCUGUAUGACAGAACAAAACCCCACAUUGACCUCAUUCUGAUUGAAAAA